UGAAAAAGCCGUGCCUCUAGGCAUCUGUCACAACUCAUUUUGAUUAAUCCGACCGUUCAGGUUUGGUGGAUGUCUUGGUAUCUAAACUACCUCAAAAGAGCUCGAUGGGUGUGAACUGUUGUUAAGGGUCAUUUCCAUACCUAUUGAUAAGCACGUUACCCUUGAAGACAAAAAAGAAUCAAUCACAUCCCCAACGAUGCCAAUAGUCGUGGAAAAAAACCUUUUUGCUGGUCGAGUCGAACUAGAUUCCAUCUACGACACCGCCCAUCCUGAAAAGGGGCUUCUGGAGAGCGAUUCAGGGAUUGAUUACGACGUUCAUUCAUUUGGGCGGAACACAAAUCGGGCGGAUCAUGAGGCAGCCAUUGAAGCUCUUUGGCAUGAGAAAACCUCUUCCGGUCAGACUCGGGUUUACAACGCCUCCAAGUUUCGCCUGAAAGGCCUAGAAGUGAAAUCGAAGGAGAGCCAAUUUGUGCUGAAAGUGGGCUUAACCGAUUAUCGGGACCUUUUAGGGACUCACUAUUCGAAGCUUACGAAUCAGAUGGUACAAGACGGCUUAACAGACAGUGAUGGCAAGGAUCCUUACAUGUACAUGAGCAACGGGAUCGGAGUGGGAGCCGUCACCCUGACCAAAGAUGAUUUCGUGGUUUUGGUGAAACGCGCCGGAUGGACGGGUGAGGGAGCACACAAGAUUGACCGGCCUGGAGGCCAUCCUGAGCCGGAUUUAGUCUGGGAAGCUGUCAAUGGGCCUUCAAAGGCUCAUUCAUCACCCUCGGGCUGUCUAGAUUUGAGCUUGUACUCGAAAUUGGAUUCUGCCCUGGUCUUGUCUGAGAUUUUCCAAUCCCCCUGCCACGAACUUCGGGACGAAAUCAACAUUCCCAUUGAGGACCAAUCGCCACCCGAGCUCUUGGGCCGGAUUUUGUCCACUCAGGCCGGGGGCCGGGUCAGCCUGGAUUUCCUUAUUCAUCUCCAAUUGGACCGAUACGAGGUGCAGUCGAGAUACGCCAAAGGAACGCAAAGUGAGGCAGACGAAUCCGAGAAUCUGAUUUUUAUCCCCGUGGUCCAAGUGAAGGAUUGGUGCGUGGAUCAAGAGAUGAUCCACAAUAUGACCGAUCAUUGCUUGGGCGGUCUCAGAUUGUUCCAUCUGUUAUUGAAGCGAUCCGCUCCCACACCUACUACUACUACUACUACUUCUACUACUACUAGUUAAACCGCCAAUAGUCCGAGAAAAUUUCUACUCGAAGGCUAUGAACACGUUUAUGUUUAUGUAAUGUUAUGUUAUGUAAGAAAUACUGGGCGGGAUUAACUUUUGGCCGAGACGACCGUAGACAUGAAUCCAUGUUUAAAAAGAGCCCGUUAAACAAAU